GAUCACAUUCAUGGAUUGUCUGGAGAAGUCGGCAACUUCUAUCACGAUUUGUUGAUCGGUGGGCUUCUGAAAGAUUUUUUUUUACUCUUUCCAUAGCUGCCACUAACUUGUCUCUUGCUGACACAACUUUGGGCUUGGGUGUGGAGUAUUUUUAGUGGUAACGCGUGUCCCAUUUUCACUUAAACUGGGGAGUCUUGACUGGUGAACCAUGUUUCAACCCACACCGAAGAGGUGUUUUACCAUUGAGUCUUUGGUAGCGAAGGAUAAUCCUUUGCCAGCGUCGAGAUCCGAAGAGCCCAUACGACCGGCGGCUCUCAGCUAUGCAAACUCAAGCCAGAUGAACCCAUUUUUAAACGGCUUUCAUUCCAAUGGCAGGGGCGUCUACUCAAACCCGGACUUGGUGUUCGCUGAAGCUGUUUCACAUCCUCCAAACUCCGCUGUCCCAGUCCAUUCAGUACCUCCUCCUCAUGCUCUGGCUGCUCACCCACUGUCGUCCUCGCACAGUCCUCACCCUCUUUUCGCAAGCCAGCAAAGGGACCCUUCAACUUUUUAUCCGUGGUUGAUACAUAGAUAUAGAUACUUGGGACACCGAUUUCAAGGAAACGAAACGAGUCCUGAAAGCUUCCUAUUGCACAAUGCACUGGCAAGAAAGCCCAAAAGGAUUCGGACAGCUUUUUCACCAUCACAGCUACUCCGGCUUGAACAUGCUUUCGAAAAAAAUCAUUACGUCGUCGGUGCGGAACGAAAACAGCUCGCUCACAGCCUUAGCCUCACAGAAACUCAGGUAAAAGUUUGGUUUCAGAAUCGAAGGACGAAGUUUAAGCGUCAGAAACUGGAGGAGGAAGGGUCGGAUUCACAACAGAAAAAGAAAGGAACUCAUCACAUAAACCGAUGGAGAAUGGCCACAAAACAAGGAAGCCCAGAGGAAAUUGACGUCACCUCAGACGAUUAAAAGACUUGAACUGUUUGAACCUUGGACAGCGGCGUGGCUUGAAGGAUGUCAUGGAUAAGGAUGCUCUGUACUGGCAGCGGGAGAGGGUAAAGCCAGUAUCACAUUUGAUUCUUCGAGAUCGGCAGCUUGAGGGUGAGAGAUCCUGUUGGUGGCACUGCUGCCACUAUACCCCUUGUAGGGAACUGUCAAUACUUUUCACGUUGCCAAGGCAAGGUGAUUGACAUGCAGGUAUUACAUGCAGCCCCCCCCAUUCCCUCCAUCACCACACUACCCGCACCACCUCAUCACCACUAUCAAAAAACAUAGCUCAAAUGCGCAUAGGACAUUUGCACUUCUGAGGGGGUUUUCUCUCAUUUUAUUUUUCCAAGACGUGGACCUUCCACUUCAAGAAACCAAAAUAUACAACUGUUUUUGUAAAACUUGAAUUGCAUGAUAGACCAAUGGAUUUUUUUUUUUUUUUUUUUUUUUUUUUGGUAGGUUAAUCAAUCUGACCUUUUUUUUUUUUUUUUCAAAGUAACUUUGUUUUGAUUCUAUUUUUAAUCUGAAAAAAAAAAUGUUGUGUGCUUCUUCCUUUUUUACAACAGUGUGCAGUCUUUGAAUUUAUGAUUCUCGUGUUAAAGUGAUUGUGAAAAGAGUAUGAAGUAGCAGUGCUGCGUUAUAGUGUUUUUAAGAAGUAAAACCGAUUUAAAACGAAACGCUAAACCACAGACAAUAGUAAUUAUAUGAAAUGUUUCCAUGACAUUCCUUAAAAUUGAAGCUUUACCAUGACUCCGUAAUCUUGGUGCGAAUAUAUUAUCGGGACUCGCCCCUCCUUAAAGAGUUGCCUCGAAGGAUUAAUGCAAGAAUUGACGGCCGCCUUGGCAGCAAAACUUCAAGCACUGAGCGUAUUCCAUGUAUAGAGAUACUAAAGCUAAUGUUUAUGUUAAAUCGUCUUUUAAAAGAAUGUAAAUAAUUUUGUGUUUGUGUUAAGUUUGCUACAAUUUUAACACAAAGUAUACUUCCAAGAAGUAUGUAAUUGUCAAUAUUUUGUCAAUAAAGUUUUAUCAUUAUGUUGCUCAGAAUAAAAUUACAGGCUUUUUGUUUUACAAAGGCCAAAAUGAAACUUUUGCCCGCUAGUGAAUGGUUUUGCAUGGCUGGUUUCAUCAUAGCACAAUCGUGUAUAGGCUGCACGGACAGUUGUAUUCUUUUGAUACGGUCUCUUGGUGUCACAUGCGAUGUAUCAGAAUUAUUGCUGUUGUAUGAAUGGAUUUGGCUAUUCCACCUGCUGUCUAAUUAAUCAGAGGAUAUACUAACUUUUGUAACCAGGGAAACCGACUCGUUAAAAUAUAGAAUGUUAAAAACAAUCUUGAGCUCGAUUUUUUUUUCUUCUUCCAGAGCGAAGCGCUUGUUUUUCUUUUUCUUGCCUCAUUUGCCUCUCAGUCUGAUAGACUGGCAUUAACCAGUGUUAUUGCCUUUGGUAGAAGAGGAGCGUCUGGUCUGUUCAAGCUACAAAGAGUCCUGCGAGCUUUUGUGAAAGUGCAAAUCAGUUUAGGCAAUUAUCAUACGAGUAAUAUGUGGGGGAAAGGGGAUGCAUUGCCCAGUGGUCCACUUUAAUCUGUUAAUCCGUGGAUCCAAGGGGGCCUGGUUGGACAUAAUUUAAUGCAAUCUGUCUACCUCUCACAAGCGAUAAGAGAAGGUUUGCAGUGUACCGCAAAAUAAGAGCUUUGUUUAAAAUCUUGUCGGCAGCCACGGCUGGAAUGUAUAGCCAGCGUUCCCAUUUCAUUUUUACAAAAUAAAUAAUAUGCUAUAAAAUGCAAAAAAAAAAAAAAAAAAAAAAAAAAAAAAAAAAAAAAAAAAAAAAAAAUCAUAAAUAAUAAUAAUAAUAAUAAUGAUAAUAAUUAAAAAAAAAAUGUAAAUAUAUGUUUUGAAAACAUAUGUCAAACCACACAUUAAAUCGUAUUUUUGCUUUCAUAUAAAAAAUACCAUGCACCGCAAUAAUUCGACAAUUUUAAGUAGAAUUGCAUGAAAUAAAUAUUAUGGCAUUAUCCAUUUAAAAAAAUAUUCUAAUAUCCCAAGAAAUACUUAAGGUAGAUCCUUCAUCACUCCUGACUAUUUUUCGUGUUUCCCCCAAUACUUUUACGCGUAGUUUGAUAAAGAGUAAAAUUUGG